UCUUUUGUGCCUGCCUCUAAUUGGUUUACGCGUUUGGUUCAAGCUCCUCUUAUCAAAUACAUUUUAUAAUUGAUGAUUCAUACAAAAAAAAAAAUUUUCGGUGCUUUUAAUAAGAAAAAUGUCUGACGAAAUGUUCUCGCCAAAUGAUUUAGCUGAAAUCGAAUUAAAUGGAAGUGAAUUUUCUAUGGAUAACAAGAAAUCCCUAGGCAGUGGAAGCUAUGGCCAAGUUUAUAAACUGUAUUGGAAAAAAAGAAAUAUGAAUAUUGCGGUUAAGUAUUUCAAAGGGACCGAUGAAACUGUAAUAAAGGAAUUUAAGAAAGAACUCAAAAAUCUACGUCGCGUCAAGCAUCCGAAUAUCAUUAAAUUAUAUGGAGUUGCCAAGGAUACGGACUCUAAACCAUACAUUAUCAUGGAGUAUGCAGACUGUGGAUCCCUAUCUAAAUGCAUGAGAACGGGAGAGAUUACAGUGUCGUAUUUCGGAAUUCACCAUUGGAUGUUACAAUUGGCGGAGGCUGUUGCUUAUAUGCAUGGUUUAAGCCCACCAGUUAUUCAUCGCGAUCUAAAGCCACAAAACCUUCUACUUACCAACAACUAUCGGACAUUAAAGAUAUGUGAUUUUGGCACUGUUCGAGAAUUGGCUUCAAAAAUGACAACAGCGCCAGGCACCGCCAUUUAUACAGCGCCUGAAGUUUUUGAAGGAAAGAAAUAUACGGAGAAGUGCGAUGUUUAUAGCUUUGCCAUAAUUCUCUGGCAGGUUUUUUCAAAGCAGGAGCCUUACAAUCAUUUGGGAAACCAGGAAUAUCUCACUAUUCUAAAUUUAAUCUGUAACAAAGAUGAACGACCAGAUUUGGAUCAAGUUAAAAAAUUUCCAAAUCGAGAGACGAUAAUUUUCUUGAUUAAAACGUGUUGGGAUAAAGAUCCAACCAGGAGGCCGACCAUGCAAUUGCUGAAAAGGAUUCUCUCUAUGGAUCCGGACUCAUCUCUACCGAAGAUAACAAAAAAUAACUAUACAAUCGUGGAGUCCUAACUCUUUUAAUCUGCAAAUCGAACCUUCUAGCGACGUUGGUACUUUGUCAGAGUACAUUUGAGAGUCGCAAUCUUUGUAAAGGAAAAUUUGUCAAUACAAUUAAAAUGUUAAUUAAACAAAGAAAUCAAUCGACAUGCGUGAAACAUAA